AUGUUUUGGAAUUUCAGCCGUUUCAUCUUCACAAGGUUGCCAGUUAUUUUUUUGGCGCUUGGGCACCAGCAAUUUCUUUGCCUGACACCCGCCAAGAUCUAUUUUGAUGGCAGCAGCGUUGGACGCAGUCCAAUCGAGCUUUUCCACCUGUGGUCUCCACAGCUGGAGAAAGGGUUCUUUGGGCCCCCACUGGUCAAGAAGUCUACCCACUGGGGCAGCUUACAGGAGACAUCGGUGUUCAGGUGGGGCGGACCAAUGGCACCGAAACGAAAGAAAAUUGACUCAUUCACCAACGAUGAGUGGAAAGCAUGGCUGAAUUCAGCUGAUCCAGAAUUUCUUGGUCCAUCUCAGACGCAGAACCUGUCUCGACAAGACUUGGCCCUUCUCGUUGCUUUUUCGUUCGGGUGGCCACCGUACGCGGAGGUCCCCAAGAACGCAACCACGCACGUCGCACUGCUGAAAGAGUCCAAGAAGGAGUAUGCCAACAGAGGAAAGCCAGCGCAGCAUACGAAAUGGGAUCCUUGUGAGAUCAUCAGGUAUAUGAAAUGGAAAGCACCAUACCCCACAAAGGAUGUGGCAAAAAUCCCCGACAAAUUUCCGUCCACUGGCUACGAGUUAACAUUCCAAGCCAGCUCCAUUCGCCCUUGGGUGUUGCAACACCCGGAUUACCAAUUCGCAUUCCAGAUGCUCCCUGAUGAGUACAUUCUCUACCAAGAUGAGAGAGGUGAAGAUGUUAUUAUUGGAAACAAAUUAGGUCCAAUCUAUUGCGCUGACUUGCUGCGGUUGGAAGCAUCUGGCUUCCGCGUGCGGAAGGCCGAAGCUCUGGUCCGGGAGGGGCGGAGGGGUCAGCCAGACAGCGAUAACAAUACGAAUUUGGACGAGGUUGACGUGCUGGUGCCGGAAGGUAAGAUCAACACCUUGACUCCAUGCAAAACCUGCUGUGGGACCGAAUCCGUGACCGGGAAAAUUGAAGACAAAGCCCGGGAUCGCGUCAUGAUCAGAGCUUUGAACCACAUCCUCUUUUCUAUGACCUCCCACACCUUUGACAAGUGGUGUCCGUCGUUGCCCCUGACACUGGAUUCCGUCUGGGAAGCGAAGGUUGAUGUGAACGUAGUUGACGAAGAGUCAUCCCAGAAUAAAGGCUUGAAUUUCUUGGCAGAAGUAGCCCAUAUUCGAAUGGUCUCUCAACCUGACUUCGCACACCAGAAAUGGAAUGCAUUUAAAAGGACCAUGAGAUGGGCAGGUCUCAACGUUGCGCUCAUGAAACUUACAAUCUUAUGCGCCUGA